AUGCCGGCCCCUCAACGAGGAGAAAUAGUGCGCCAGUACGGCAUAAAACUGCGCGAAAACAAGGAAGCCUUGGGUCGCCUGGUAUCAUUGGAGAUGGGAAAGUCUCUCCAGGAAGGCUGGGGUGAAGUUCAGGAAAUGAUAGAUAUAUGCGACUUUGCCGUUGGACUUUCUCGCCAACUGUAUGGCCUGAGUAUGCACUCGGAGCGCCCUAGCCAUCGCAUGUACGAACAAUGGCACCCCAUGGGCAUAGUGGGCAUUAUUAGCGCCUUUAACUUUCCGGUAGCCGUUUGGUGCUGGAACACAGCUUUGGCCUGGGUUUGCGGUGACGUUACCGUUUGGAAACCCAGCGAAAAAGUAGCCCUUUGUGCGGUGGCUUGUCAAAAUUUGUUUGCCGAAGUGCUCAAGGAAAACGAUCUGCCGGAAGGCAUUAGCAACGUGGUAGUAGGAGGCGCUGAAACGGGUGAAUGGCUGAGCAAUGAUCAGCGCAUUCCUUUGGUUUCUGCCACCGGUUCUAUUAGAAUGGGGCGUUUGGUAGGCGAAGCCGUAGCCCGCAGAUUGGGCAAAUCAUUGCUUGAGCUGGGCGGAAACAACGCCAUUAUUAUUACCGAAAAUGCCGAUUUGGACGCUACCCUGGUUGGUGCCGUGUUUGGCGCAGUAGGUACCUGUGGCCAACGUUGCACCAGCACGCGCAGGCUUAUUAUUCACGAAAGCAAGUACGAUGAGGUUGUAGAGAAAAUGAAGAAGGCCUACGGUCAGUUGAAAAUUGGCAACCCGCUCGACACCAAUAACCACGUUGGGCCGCUCAUUGAUAAAGCAGCGGUUGAGCAAUACGAAAUGGCACUUGAAAAAAUUGCCAAAGAAGGGGGCAAGAUGAUUGUAGAGGGCGGAAGAAUAGAAGAUGAUGACCGACCCGGAGGAUGUUACGUAAAGCCCUGCAUUGCCGAGGUACAAAACGAUUACGCCAUUGUGCAAAACGAAACUUUUGCGCCCAUCUUGUACGUAAUGAAAUACAAGAGUAUUGAUGAAGCCAUUGCCAUGCAAAAUAACGUUCCUCAGGGGCUGUCAUCCGCAAUAAUGACUACCAACAUGCGCGAAAGUGAACUCUUCCUCUCAUCGGCCGGUAGCGACUGCGGCAUAGCCAACGUGAACAUUGGCACGAGCGGGGCAGAAAUUGGCGGUGCCUUUGGCGGAGAAAAAGAAACCGGUGGUGGACGUGAAAGUGGAUCUGACGCCUGGAAAGCCUACAUGCGCAGGCAAACUACCACCAUUAACUAUUCUACCGAGGCCCAGCCACAGCAAUUGCUGAUCAACAGUUUUUACUUGCGCCAAGGAGAUAACUGCGUUGAAUAUCUUGGCGAAUUUGUUUACGGGGGUAUAGACGGGAGUGUAACCACAUUUGCGGUGGUGGCCGGAUCGGCCGGGGCUGCCUUAGACAGUAGCGUAGUAAUAAUCCUUGGGUUUGCGAACCUCCUGGCCGAUGGCUUUGCCAUGAGCGUAGGCAGCUAUUUAUCUACUAAAAGUGAAAAGGAAAAUUACGAUAAACACAAGAAAAUUGAAUACUGGGAAGUAGAUCACCUUCCGGAAAAGGAGCGGGAAGAAAUUCGGGAAAUUUACGAAGCCAAGGGCUUUGAAGGAGAACUCCUGGAAAAGGUGGUGGAUCAAAUUACAGCCAAUAAAGAUCGUUGGGUAGAUGUAAUGAUGAAAGAAGAACUGGAAAUGAGCGAGGAAACAAAAUCGCCCAUUGCCAUGGGUGGUGUUACCUUUUUUAGCUUUCUGCUUUUUGGCUUUAUUCCUUUGCUAACCUACGUGCUCGAUUACACCUUUGGACUUACCACUGAUUUGUUUAUGGUUUCCUCCAUUCUCACCGCGGUGGUAUUCGUAAUCAUUGGAUCAUUAAAAGCAAUAGUAACCCAAACCAAAAUAUUUCGCAGCAUAGCGGAAACCCUCUUUCUGGGUGGAGCUGCUGCCACACUGGCCUAUUACGUGGGUGCGGUACUCGAGCAAUUUUUCGUUUAA